AUGGCUCCUGUUCCGGUCGUUGAGCUCAGAGAGCUCGAAUCUUGCUCGCCCAACAUUGUUUACGGUGAUCCAAAAGGUUCAUAUCUGGCUGCCGUGAUUUUGGCUGCGAAUUUGGCAAUAAUGAGUGUAGCCUCUAUUUCGCUGUGUUUAAUAGCGAGGCAGCGUAAAAGAAAGCUCCAAUCCGCCCAACGCAAUGCUUUGAAAUAUCAAGCCAUAGUACAGACUGCGCAGGCCGAAGCACUUGAAUCGCAGCACAGGGCUGGGAAAUAUCAAACAGAGAAUAUUAGUCUGUCUAAAGCCCUGGAGCAGUUGCAAAGGCAUUCUGUCGAACCCAGUGGUAAUCAUCAUAGCUCUACUCGAGCCAGUUCAUUAGCUAAGGAGUCAGCGAAGCAUCUUCAGAUAGUGCCUCCAGCAAAUUGGCAGAAGCCUGGCAACUCACCGCUUAGACAGGUAGAGCCAGUCUCGCCGGUAAGUUCCACGGCCUCAAGCGAAUAUGAAGGCUUCUCCGAGAGUGCACCCUCAAAUGAUGGUUACUAUAGCUCUAAUGACCAGACCUUCACUGCUCGAACAGAGAGAAUGGUGGCGGAAAUCCGUGCUGAACAAGAUGGCUCUAAUCGCGUGUCCGAUAGGCCACCCCAGAUUCCUCGCUAUUCCUUCCAAGGAAGUGGUCAGUGA